CCCCCGAGCUGAAUGUAGCGGCCUGGGAGACGGCCGGCCGCCCGCUGGGCUGAGACCGCUGUUUCCUUGACGGAAACGAGGAGGAGCAGUAUCCAGCGACCGAACGCCGAAGGGGGAGACUGGAUCCUCUCCGCAUCUAGUUUCUCCAGCCACCAAUUGUAUUAUUUAAUCUCCCAAGGAACAUUUUGUCUUAAAAAGCAAUGGGAAAUCCAGAAAACAUAGAAGAUGCAUAUGUUGCUGUUAUUCGCCCAAAGAAUGCUGCCAGUCUCAACUCUCGGGAAUACAGAGCUAAGUCCUAUGAAAUUUUAUUGCAUGAAGUUCCUAUUGAAGGACAGAAGAAAAAGAGAAAGAAAGUUUUGUUGGAAACAAAACUUCAAGCCAACAGUGAAAUAACACAAGGCAUAUUGGAUUAUGUAGUAGAAACCACCAAACCAAUUUCUCCAGCAAACCAGGGUAUCAGAGGAAAACGAGUGGUACUAAUGAAGAGAUUUCCUUUAGAUGGAGAGAAGAUGGGCAGAGAAGCAGCAUUAUUUAUAGUUCCAUCAGUUGUCAAAGAUAAUACUAAGUAUACAUACACACCGGGAUGCCCAAUUUUUUACUGCUUACAAGAUAUUAUGAGAGUGUGUAGUGAGUCCAGUACUCACUUUGCAACACUUACAGCAAGGAUGCUAAUAGCCUUGGACAAGUGGUUGGAUGAACGUCACGCACAAUCUCACUUUAUUCCAGCUUUAUUCCGACCUUCUCCCCUUGAGCGAAUAAAAACUAAUGUUAUAAACCCUGCAUAUGCUACUGAAUCAGGUCAAACAGAAAACUCACUACAUAUGGGCUAUAGCGCACUGGAAAUAAAGAGUAAAAUGUUAGCACUAGAGAAAGCAGAUACUUGUGUUUACAACCCUUUAUUUGGAUCAGAUCUUCAGUAUACAAACCGGGUAGAUAAAGUGGUAAUAAAUCCAUACUUUGGCCUUGGAGCUCCAGACUACUCAAAAAUACAAAUACCCAAACAGGAAAAGUGGCAGAGAAGCAUGAGCAGUGUCACAGAAGACAAAGAACGACAAUGGGUAGAUGAUUUUCCUCUCCAUCGAAGUGCCUGUGAAGGAGAUUCAGAAUUACUAAGUCGUCUUCUUAAUGAGAGAUUUUCCGUCAACCAAUUAGACAGUGACCACUGGGCACCUAUUCAUUAUGCAUGCUGGUAUGGAAAAGUUGAGGCCACUCGCAUAUUACUAGAGAAAGGAAAGUGCAAUCCAAACCUUUUAAAUGGACAGCUAAGUUCUCCUCUUCACUUUGCUGCUGGAGGAGGACAUGCUGAAAUAGUUCAGAUUCUCCUAAACCAUCCAGAAGUCGACAGACACAUAACAGACCAACAAGGAAGAUCCCCAUUAAAUAUUUGUGAAGAAAACAAACAAAAUAAUUGGGAAGAAGCAGCCAAAUUAUUGAAGGAAGCCAUUAAUAAACCAUAUGAAAAAGUUCGAAUAUAUAGGAUGGAUGGAUCAUACCGUUCUGUUGAACUGAGGCAUGGAAAUAAUACCACAGUGCAGCAGAUAAUGGAAGGAAUGCGUCUAUCUCAAGAAACGCAGCAGUAUUUCACUAUAUGGAUCUGUUCAGAAAACCUUAGCCUUCAGCUCAAGCCUUAUCAUAAACCCUUGCAACAUGUUCGUGACUGGCCAGAAAUACUUGCCGAAUUGACUAAUUUGGAUCCCCAAAGAGAAACACCACAGCUUUUCCUGAGAAGAGAUGUGAGACUUCCUCUAGAAGUUGAAAAAAAGAUUGAAGACCCACUAGCAAUUCUUAUUCUCUUUGAUGAAGCCAGAUACAAUUUACUGAAGGGCUUUUAUACAGCUCCUGAUGCUAAACUGAUAACUUUGGCAAGUCUCUUGUUGCAAAUAGUUUAUGGAAAUUAUGAGAGUAAGAAACAUAAACAAGGUUUCCUAAAUGAAGAAAAUCUGAAAUCCAUUGUACCAGUUACCAAACUGAAAAGUAAGGCACCUCACUGGACAAAUCGAAUUCUUCAUGAGUAUAAGAAUCUAAGUACAAGUGAGGGUGUCAGUAAAGAAAUGCAUCACCUGCAACGCAUGUUCUUACAGAAUUGUUGGGAAAUUCCUACAUAUGGAGCAGCCUUUUUCACAGGACAGAUAUUUACCAAGGCAAGCCCCAGCAAUCAUAAAGUAAUCCCUGUGUAUGUAGGAGUGAAUAUAAAAGGGCUUCAUCUCCUCAACAUGGAAACAAAGGCUUUACUCAUCAGUCUUAAGUAUGGCUGUUUCAUGUGGCAGUUGGGAGAUGCUGAUACUUGUUUUCAGAUCCAUAGUAUGGAAAAUAAAAUGAGCUUUAUAGUACACACAAAACAGGCUGGUCUGGUGGUAAAACUGCUAAUGAAGUUAAAUGGACAAUUAAUGCCUACUGAAAGAAAUUCAUGAAAGCAAAAUAGCUGGUAUCCAAGCUACCACAUUGUGAAAUGCAGAAUUUUUUCCAUGAAAGAUUUCUUAAAAUAUGUUUGCAAGGCAUUUGUUUUCCUAUAAUAUAUGUGUGUACUAUUACAUUGUACAGAAUCUGUACUUACCCUUGGUGUGUAAUAUACCAAAUCGUUUUAUAUGAUAUUAUCAUAAGCUAUUCUAAUUUUUGAGAGAAACACAUAAAACUAUAGGUUGGCAGUCUGUAUACUUGUAGACAAAAUAGUAAAGCUUUAUUAAAAGUUAUUUUUUGGUAAAUGGUAAAGAAUUUGGAGUGCAAUGUGAUGAAAUUAAAAUGUAGCUUUGGUAUAACUGUUAUUUUAAAGAAUACUUAAAGUCAACAUUAUUUGAAUAAAGAAAAUGUAUUUUCUACUUGGGCCAUAUAUCAUGGUUAUUCAAAACAUCUUUUCCAUAGUCUAUAACAUUUCUUAAGAUGUUUUAUAAAGUUCUUGAUUAAAAUGUGUUUAUAGCAUAA